AUCAACAAACUCAAUUUUCUCAAUUCAAAUCUCUUUUUCACUCACAACCCAUUUUCAGAUUCUCAAUUUCAGUUCCAAUGGCACCAAAAGCAGAGAAAAAGCCAGCAGAGAAGAAGCCAGCUGAGGAGAAAAAGGCUGAAAAAACCCCAAAAGCAGGGAAGAAGUUACCAAAAGAAUCAGGUUCUUCUGGUGCUGAUAAGAAGAAGAAGAAAUCUAAGAAGAGUAUUGAAACCUACAAGAUCUAUAUCUUCAAGGUUCUGAAACAAGUUCACCCAGAUAUUGGUAUCUCAAGCAAAUCUAUGGGGAUUAUGAACAGUUUCAUCAAUGAUAUAUUUGAGAAACUUGCUCAGGAGUCAUCAAGAUUGGCUAGGAUUAACAAGAAGCCUACAAUUACUUCAAGGGAAAUUCAGACUGCUGUUAGGCUUGUUUUGCCUGGUGAGUUGGCUAAACAUGCUGUUUCUGAAGGAACUAAAGCUGUUACUAAGUUUACUAGUUCUUAGAUGUAAUGGGUGCUUUUCGGUUAUUGGUAAUUUGGAGAAUGUAAAGGUAGUUGCUUUUUGUUGUACUUGAAUUUAACAGUAAUGAAUAUGAAUGGAUGUGUUUUUCUCC